AUGCCGUCAGAAACCCCAUCGAUCUUUGUCUGUAGCCCUCAGACGACAGUUUUCCCUCCUCAAGAGUAUUUUCUUCAGCUACGCGAGAACCACAGACACGAUACAAUACUCAAAACAAUCGAUGCCGCCAUCGCUGAGCUUCCGAAAAUUUGGACCACCCUGGUGAAAGGCUAUCCCGCGUUAGGUGAAAUACCCGGUGCGGGAUUACUACGAGACAUGAAAGGAUGGACAACCGGCGACAGCGACAACUUAGGCAACUGCAAGUCCUUAUUAUCGAACAAGCACCUGGGUCCGCUGACGAUAGUGGUGCAAUUAAUGGAAUAUCUCAAUUACUUGGCCGAAUCGGGGGUCGACCAUAGCGAGAUGAUGAAAUCAGUUGCACAUGGGGGUUUUCGAGGUCUCUGCACAGGUUUCCUAACGGCUAGUGCGUUGUCGUGCUCCAAGGAUACGGCGGCGAUUGGAAAGCACGCGGCUGUUGCGCUGCGGCUGGCAUUGUGUAUUGGGGCCAUGGUAGACUUGGACAAUCAAUUUGGCGUGCUUCCGGCAAGGAUGAUUUCACUGACAACAAGAUGGACGUCUGCCACAAAUAGAAGCAGAGUGAUGACAAUCCUGGCCGGAUAUGAAGAGGCGUACCUUUCCGUGGUCAUGGACGCUCACAGCAUCACCAUUACAGCUCCAGAGGCCGAUCUCCCUUCCAUAUUCCACGAGCUCGGCCGCAUCGGUGCCCAGAUAACAGCGAUCGGACCAAAGGGACGAUACCAUCACCCGCUGCACAGCACCACCGUUACCAUCUUGGACAAAAUCUUUGCCUCUUCUCCCGACCUCUUCCAUUUCCCAGACAGCGCCCUGGUUCCGCUGCGAAGCAACGAUAGCGGGGCGAUGGUGAGUCCUGGAGAGCCAUUGCAUGAGACGGCGCUGCGAUGUCUGCUGCUUGAGAUGGCAGACUGGCACCUGACUAUGUCUACUGCCGUAGCUACCAUUCGGUAUUUCGCACCAAGCGAUACGCCCCUCGUCCUGGGGUUGGGAUUGGUCGAUUGCGUUCCGGAGUCGCUUGUUGAUGGUCUAAGGGCGGCUGCGACCUAUCGCAGAGCUCUUGCUCCUCGUUCUCAGUGUCGGGAGCAUGGCGCAGUAGAUGAAACUUCGCGGACGUCGUAUAUGGAACGUCGGUAUUCGGCACCGAUGGAUGUAGAAAGUUGA